AUGAUACACAUUUCUCUUCUUAAAUUAUCUGAACAUACAAACAAAAAAGCUGUUAAAACUUAUAGCUCCUGUAAGCUUUACAAGAUAUGUAUUUAAUAAUUUCUUUUUCUCUUUUCUUUUUCUUUUAUUACAGCCUUUAGUCCCCCUGGCGUGUUUAUAGACACAGGUUGUAUACACAAGGUGCAGUUUACUUGCUGUAUACUUGUCUCAAUGAAGCUCUUAUAAGAAUAAAAAUCAAUUAAAUUUUCUGCUGUAGCCGAAAACUCAGUUGUAUUUAACCCAUGAAAAUUAGAGUCACUAAAAAUCUAUUUUCAAUGGUGAAUUUAUUAUUUCCGACAAUACCUAAAGGCAACCUGAUGCGUGUAAACUAAAUACUUAGGUUUACGAGUAUCAGUGAAGGCAGCAUGCGCAACGUGUUUACGUUGAACUUCCAACCGUUACAGUUCAGUUGAGUAACUCGUGAUAACUGUAGCUCGACAUCCCUGCUCACACGGAGUCAGUGUGAAGAUGAGUGCGAGUUUAAGGAAAUGUCAAUCCAUUCUGAUUACGGGCUCCAGCAGAGGAAUAGGACUGCAGCUGGUGAAAGAGUUAGCUAAAAGCACCGACCGACCCGCUACGAUAAUAGCGACAGCCCGCAACCCGACUGGCUCCAAGGAUCUGCAAGAGCUGUCCAGUGUCCCAGGUGUUCAUAUUGUGACACUAGACACAGACAGCCAGCAAAGUAUCAGCUCAGCCUUGGAGGAUGUCCAGUCCAUCGUAGGAAGUAAGGGACUGAACUGUUUGAUCAAUAAUGCUGCCAUCAACAUCUCUACAAACAUAGACACUGUUACCCCGGAGGCCAUGAUGAAGACCUUCCAGACAAACAGUGUUGCACCACUGUUUGUCACAAAGGCCUUCUUACCUCUGCUGCAGACUGCUGCACUUCAGUCCACGGGGAUGGGACUGCACAGAGCAGCAGUGAUCAACAUCUCCUCCAUCCUGGGCUCCAUCUCAUACACCUGUGGUGAAGGCGCUAGCUUUAAGAGCUACGCCUACCGCAUCUCCAAGGCGGCAUUGAACAUGGUGACGAGGUGUCUAGCUGCUGAUCUGGGGUCAGAUGGAAUCCUUUGUAUGUCUCUGCACCCCGGCUGGGUCAAGACUGACAUGGGAGGGCCUCUCGCUGACUUGACAGUAGAGGAGAGUGUCUCUGGACUGCUGACUGUCCUCUCCAAUCUCACAGAUAAUGACCAUGGAGGAUUCAAGGACCACCGUGGAAAUGAAUUACCAUGGUAAUUCAUGAAACAUCGGGUGUAAGAUUGUAAUCAAAAGUCUGCUCUGUUGAGGAAAUAUUCAAAGCAGCGUGUCCUGGUUUAUUGUAAACAGAUUGAAACAGAAAAAGUAGAAUUUUUUUGGCUAUUUCUCUUCUCCCCAUCAAGAAACUGAACAUAUAGAGAUAAAGGGCAAGCUGGUCAUGAGUGUGUUAUCACCGAUGUCUCAAACAUAAAACUUUUGUUUGAUGAAGAAAACUGCUCAGCAAGAUUUCAGAUGUUUGCCCAGAGCGGAGCAAAAUGUUGAGGUUUGCACUGGAAUGUCAGUAUUCUAAAUCUACAUGAAUGUGUGAUGUGUUUUUUAGGUCUCACCACAUUUGUCCAAUACAUCUUUGACGUUUACAUAUUAGGCUUGGGCUGUAUUAAGGUAGACCACGCUAUUUAUAAGUCCUAAAAGUAUAAUUUUCAAUAUCGUCCAAAACAUAUGCUUCCUUUUUCUUUUAAACUCAGAGACGUUCUAUUAACAUGAUGUAGUGUAGUGCAUAACACAUGCCAACAGAAGUCAGUCAGUCAUCAUAUAGGCAACUGAUGGAAGAGGCAGACAUCCGGACUGAGAAAGAUGGUCAUCAUCUGUUGGAAUGUUUUGUGUUCGGAUCCAAUGAUGCAGGCGAGCCAGCCAACACAGACAAAUCUCUAACCCUAAAUCUAACCCAGAUGAACAUUAAAACAUGUUUUUCUUGCUGUAAUCAUUCCUCCUGUUCAUACUGACCAUUAGAAGAUCCCUUCAU